AUGACUUCUGUAGUGACCCAGGGGCUGGAGCAAAGCCCAGACCAGCUCGGCUGCCAGGUGCUGAGUGAAGGUGCAGUGCUGGUGUCCUCUGGGGAUCUCGAGAAUGACAAACAGGCAGCCAGCCCCAGCUCUGAACUGGUCAGCACGGCUUGCAGUUUUCGACUACACCAUGGCGUGAACAUACCCUUCGCGCGCCUUCUGGUGACCGUGUCAGGACAGAGGGUGUUUGUGGUAAAGAGGCAGAACCAAGACUGGGAACUCAUUGACAUCUGA